AUGAUUCCUGGGCAUAUUCUCGCCAUCGCCGCUUUCCUCGCCAUCCCAGCCCUCGCCGGCGGGGGCUCGAAUAAAUUCCCGUUCACGGUUGCGAAUAACAGGGAUCGGAUUGAUUUUUGCUUGGUUGUUAUGGCCAAGAGUGUCUAUACCGGACCGUUUAAAUAUAUACGAUUCAUUCCCACUUCUGGUACAGUUAUCUUUAAAGAUAAGAAGACCAGUACCACGGAGAUUAAAUUGAACGAUAAAUGCGACCCGCAAAUUAUCAACCUUCCAAACGGUUUAAAUAUCGGCGUGGUGCCUUAUUACUUCCCAGAUAAUCCCCCGGAGUUGGAACGCAGGUGGCGCGAUGAGCAUGCCUUCGAACGAGAGGUCAGGUCUAUGAAGCUGUCCAGCCACAAGCCGCGUACACAUUUGGUCAAUUUAAUCGUCACAUUUCGCUUGAAGAACCACUAUUAUCUAGUCUUUCCGUGGGCAGAGGGUAAUUUCUGGGAUUUUGCCCAAACCUACGAGUUUGGUCCUCACCCAACCUCUGAUAUUCAGCAGAGAGUCUGGGCCCGAUUGCUCGCGAUACAGAUACACGAUAUAGCCUCGGGCAUCCAGGCCAUCCACGUCAUAAGGUUAUCCACCACGACUGAGAUCUACGGCCGGCACGGAGACAUAAAGCCGAAGAAUAUCCUUUGUACCGGAAUCAACGCAAUUACCCGCACAUAUUACGGUACCUAUCAAGCGUCCGAGUUCGAAACCAUAGGCAAAACUUCUCAGGUCAGCGGUAUAUGGGCGCUGGGAUGCAUUUACCUAGAAAUUACUACCUGGUAUCUUGGCUACAAGGAGGCUUACGAUGGGUUUUCCGAUGCACUAUUGACACAAAGCUCCUUCGUUGAUCAACUCAGUGAAGACACAUUCUACCAUAUAGUCAAGACGCCAUAUUACGGCAUCCGAGCUGUUAUCAAGGAGGAGGUUAUCGAGUGGGUGGAUCGACUGCACUAUCAUCCGCAAUGCACCGCAUACGUCCAAGAUCUGCUCGACUUUGUCAUGAAUCAUAUGCCCGUGGUCGACGAAGAUCCCAGCAAACGAGCCAACAAUAACCCAGCCGUAUCUCAGCUGCAGGGAAUGCUCGAGAAGUGCUUUGAUGGGCAAGCGUACUGCCUGCCCCCGGAUGCAUCCCGACCAUGGGUGCGCGCCGCAUAG